AUGUCGGGAGCGGAUUCGGACUUUGAUCUGUCGAAGGCACUUGCAGAACUUGCAAAGGGUGAAAUGACUGCCUCGGCCCUGGAAAACCAUCUGAGCGCAAUUGAAAGCCAAGUCGAUGAACUCUUGGCAUCUUUCGAAAAGCAGGCGGCUGCUGCAGUGGAGGCUACGUCUGUCGAUGAAACAGACCCGAGUCAACCGGAAACAGAUCAGGAUCAAAAAGUAGAGCCAUCGAAUAGUCCAGCCAAGUGA